UGUCGUCUCUGCAGAGUAGGCCGGAGCAACCUCCAUUCUCUGCUCACUUUCAUGCUCUUCGAUCGACGGUGGCGACGACGGCGGCGACGACGACGACGAUGCCGGACGUAAAUGGCGCCGCUGCUUCCAAGCCGCCGCAGAUCUCGGACAUGUUCCAGAAGUUCGCCCUCGCCUUCAAGGCCAGGACCUUCGAGUUCUUCGCCGACGACGAGGAGGAGGCGUCGCUGGCCGCCGCCGCCGGCGACUCUUCCGACGGGUUCGCCCUGCUCGACUCCGCCGAGGAGGUCAUCACCGGCCAGAGGGUCGUCGUCAUCAAGCCCGAUAGCUGCAGAGCCGCUGCCCCGGCGGCAGCUCAGUCGCGGUCCCCGGAGGCCAACCUCUCGUCGGGGGAAACCCUAGGCCGAGAGCUCGAGCGGGCUUGCGGUUUGUCUCCGGAGCCGACGCGAUUGACGACCGAGCCGUGGGGCGGAGGAGGGAAGGAGCCGGAAGUGACGGGUUUAGGGCAAAAUCGCGAUGUUUCCUGGCAUUCGGGAGGUUUGCCCGUUGUGGAGUCGAGAGGGAUUAACAAAUCGAGCGAGGGGGCUCAGAGAAGAGGUGUCGAUGCGAGGACGAUGGAGACUUUGAUCUCUUCGGUGUUCGGGACCGUUUCUUCCUUCGAAGCUUCAUACGUACAAUUGCAAACUGCGCAAGUGCCGUUCGUCGAGGACAGCGUGAAGGCUGCGGAUAAAGCGCUUGUUUCUCAUCUCCAGAGAUUGUCUGACAUCAAGCAAUUCUACAGGGAAUUACGCAGGAACUCUGAUUUAGUUGAUGAUUUGCAGAACGUGUCGAGCUUGGAAGCUCGGGUACAAGAGAAUCAGAGCAAGCUCAGGAUUCUCGGAACGAUUUCGAACAGGUUGCAAUCGGAGAUCGACCGGAAGCAUAACGAAGUGCACUGUUUGAGGAAUCAGUUGGGCGAGAUUCAGAAGCGCAAUUUGAAGCUGUCGAAGAGGUUGUCGGACAGGUUGAGUUCAUCUUGUGAGGUUUCCUUGUGUAUCACUGUUUUCGAUUCUGUUUUACGUGAUGCUUGUAGAGCUACGCAUAGGUUUACUAAGAUCUUGAUUGGUUUGAUGAGAAAGGCUGGGUGGAAUCUGAAUCUGGCAGCUGAUUCGUUGUAUGGUGAUGUUGAGUAUGAGAAGAAGGGUCACGACUGCUUUGCGUUUUUGUCGUAUGUCUGUUUGGUGAUGUUUCGAGGUUUUGACUUGGAAAGCUUCUAUUUUGGUGAUGAUCAUGGAGUUGGGAGUAAUGGCCAUGUGUUGAGCGGUACUAGCUCUAUGAAGAAAUUGCUCGAACAUGUGUCGAGUAACCCAAUGGAGGUGAUAAGCAUGGACCCCGAUAGCGAGUUUGCUAGAUUCUGUGAGAAGAAGUAUCAAGAGCUUAUCCGCCCAUCCAUGGAAUCUUCAGUCUUCAGUAAUCUAGAUGGCAAUGAAGCUGUUUUGAGUUCAUGGAGGUCUUUGAGUGUAUUUUACAAGUCAUUUGUUGAGAUGGCGAGUUCUAUAUGGACCCUACAUAAGUUGGCCUUUUCGUUUGAUCCGGCAGUUGAAAUCUUCCAAGUGGAGAGGGGCGUGGAAUAUAGUCUUGUGUACAUGGAAGAUGUCAUGAAGAGAUGUCCUGCACCAUGUAAAGUGAAGCCAAGAGUUGGAUUCACCGUGGUUCCGGGCUUUAAAAUCGGGAAGACGAUUGUGCAGUGCAAGGUGUACCUAUCUGGGCUUAAAUGUGAAGGCUAGUCAUUGGGGCUUUGCCGCUUUGCAAUGUAGGAAACAGAGAAAUCAUAAUGCGCUCCCUCUGGACGCUGGCCGAACAAGAUGAAAAGAUGUCCGGCUGAGUUGGUUUGAUAUGAUAGGGCCACAAUAUUUUGAGAGCUUGACUUCCUGGCACUACAGAUGUCUGCAAGAAAAAACAACUGUAAAUCUUGGCAUUUGCAAGUGAAGCUUAGCAAAUGAGUGAUCUGGAGUAAUAAGCUCUGUGGUGGCGUUGAUCCACUGAGGUACCUUCUGGUGUGUAAAGUUCUUCAAAUUUUCUUUUGAUUUGGUUUUUCAGUUAAUUGGUUUCUUGGGAGCUCACUGUAUAGGUCGUAUCUUUUCUUACACUUAGAUACAUAGCCAAUUUGUGAAUCUGUUUUCCUGUUGUUGACUGAGAUAUCAUGUUGUGCAUCUAAAUCAAGUUUAUUCUGA